UGCCGGCGGCGGCGAUGGCGGUGCUCAUGGCGGCGUUGGUGCGGCCCUUCCGCCGCGGCCCUGCCGGCCUGGGGACAGCGCUCCGGCGAGAGGCCGUGGGCGGCCCCUGCGGCCGGGGACGGCCGGGGACUCAGGUGCUUAGAAAAAGCCUUCAGAGGGGGGUUGUGCUUUCAACAGGGUCCUUUUUGGUUUAUGAAGCCCAUAAGCUGAUUUCUGGCUUUGCUGAGGUUCAUGCAAGCUUCAAAGUGGAAGAUGUGAUAGAACAAGCAGACUACCUGUAUGGGAGUGGAGAAACUGAAAAGCUGUAUCGGUUGCUGGUUCAGCAUAAAAAUAGCGAUGAUGCAGAGUUGUUAUGGCGGCUGGCACGGUCAUCACGAGAUCUGGCUCAGCUUGGGAGUACUUCUGCAGAGGAGAAGAAACAACUGACAUAUGACUCCCUUGAGUAUGCAAAAAAGGCACUUGAAAAAAAUGAAUCAAAUUCUGCAGCACACAAGUGGUAUGGAAUUUGCCUCAGUGAUGUUGGAGACUAUGAAGGAAUCAAGACUAAAAUUGGAAAUGCGAUUAUCAUCAAAGAGCAUUUCCAGAGAGCCAUUGAGCUGAAUCCAAAAGAUGCUACAACAAUUCAUCUUAUAGGGAUUUGGUGUUACUCGUUUGCUGAGAUGCCAUGGUACCAAAGAAAAAUAGCUGCAACACUGUUUGCCACACCACCAACCUCGACGUUUCAAGAGGCUCUUCGUUACUUCCACAUGGCAGAAGAAGCUGAUCCAAAUUUCUACAGCAAGAAUUUGCUCUUUUUGGGGAAAACAUACUUGAAGUUGAACAAUAAGAAGAUGGCUCUUCUGUGGUUAAGCAAAGCAAAAGAGUAUCCUGCACAGACAGAGGAGGACAAACAGGUACAGAAAGAAGCUUUGGAGCUGCUUAAUUCCAUAUAAGAAGAAACAAGAUAAUGGGAAUUCAGUGCCUCAGGUUUGAGCAGCAUAGGAAAAAGGCCCCAAAUACUAUUUUGGUUUACUAAAGUUAUUACUAAAAGUACAGCUCAGACCUUCCAUCUCCCUCUCAUUUCUAUUAAAUUCUGAACUGGAAGAUCUGUUUCA